AUGAAGAUCGUAUUCGUUAUCAUCAUCAUAAAUAAUCUCGAGAGAUACGAAUCAUGUAAACCACUUUUACCAGGAUUUGACGGAAGGAAAGUAAGCUUAUUCGAUAAUUCCAUUAUUGGUUCAUGCAAUGGUUUAGUCUGUUUUCUGUCGAACAAAUUAUUAGAAGGUUAUCCUGUCUUUAUUAUUUGCAAUCCCGUAACGGGAGAAUAUAUUAAUCUGCAAAGAAAUAGAAGUUUGCAUCCACAAUGGCAGGAUCCAGUUGGUGGAUUUGGUUACAUUAUAUCCACCAAUGAGUAUAAGGUUGUUAGAUUCUAUCGUAGUGAUUAUGAAUUUGACAGGAAGAUACAUGCCCAUGUGUAUACUCUUGGCAGUCAAGUCGGGUGGAGAAUUAUCGAUGAUAAAAUUCCUAUUGGCAGAUACAGCAAAUUCGUUAGUUCAGGUAUCUUUGCUAAUGGAGCUAUUCAUUGGUUGGAGACCCACAAUAACGGUAUUGCACCGGAGGUGAAUAUUGUGGCUUUUGAUUUGGCAGAUGAGAAGUUUAAGUCCGUCACAUCGCCAUCUCGUGAAAAAAGAGCAGUACCUAAACGCGCGUUGUUGGGAGGCAAUUUGUGUGUUGUUUUUCAUCUUCGCGAGAGUAUAGAUAUAUGGGCAUUCAAGAAAAAUGUUAAUAAUAAAAGAGUAGGACUUCUUCCAUCCAAGAAAAAGAUGAUCAAGGAAAGACUUCCCAUUAAUCGACCAAAAAAGAAGGCAAGACAAAUGCAUUACGACAGGACUUGGAGAUGGAGUAAGGAGUUCAGUAUACCAUGUAAACGCCCAUGGUGGUACAAUCCAUUCGCGAUUACAGAGAACAAUGAAGUUCUUAUAUGGGACAAAGAUACAACCACACCGCAAUCCAUCCACUGUUAUGACCCUAAUAAUACUUCUACUCUUCACAAAUCUUCGGAUGCCUAUCUGGAUACUUAUGGUUCAUGCCUUCAACUAACUCCUCACAUGAACACACUUGUUUCCUUGAAAGAUCUAGGAGUAUUCUAG